GCACACUCACCGGAAUCAGCAUCUUUCUUCUUUCUUCUUCCUUCACCGCACAUUUUUCAAUGCCUACACUGAAGCCUGAGUUAUACACUGUGGCAUGGAUCGCACCAUUAGAGAUUGAGGCCCGAGCUGCUUUACAGCUCCUGGACCAUAGACACGAUGGCGGAUUUCCCAUGUCCCGAGGAGACGAUUAUGUGUUUCAAGCAGGCGAUAUAUGCGGACACAAUGUUAUCAUUGCCACGCUUCCAGCGGGUCAAGAGUACGGCACCGGGUCCGCCGCCGCUCUUGCUAGCCAGGUCAAAAGAUUCUUCCCAAAUCUCUGGUUCGGCUUAUUGGUCGGUGUUGCAGCAGGGCUCCCCGACAUGGACCGUAAGCCCCAGCGCGACAUUCGUCUUGGAGAUAUCCUAGUUGGUCUUCCAGACAUGGAUCAUGCCGGUCUUGUUGCUUAUGACCUGGGCCGAGAAAUGGCCAAGGAUGGAUUCCAGCUCUUGCGAUGCGGACAAAUAUUGGCGCACACAGAGACGGUUGUGAGAUCAGCAAUUGGUAGUAUUAAGCUCCGCGCGCCUGAUGACACUAAAACGUUUCUUCCAUAUUUCGAGGCCAUCAAAGACCGAGAACACGCAGACGGCACGUUUGCUGACCCGGGCGAGGAUCAUGACCAUCUCUAUAGAGUCAACGACGACGGGACUGAAUAUUUGGUGCAAAGAAGCAAAAGGCAUGCCUCUAAGCGCACUCGGGUCUGGUACGGAUCCAUCGGCUCCGGGGAUAAGCUCAUAAAGAAUGCCCAAAUUCGCGACCAACUCAAACGCAAGUACGGUCUUAUUGGGUUGGAAAUGGAGGCAGCUGGAACCAUGAAUCGUAUCCCUGUCGGCGUCGUCCGUGGUGUCUGUGAUUACGCCGACGAGCACAAGAACAAGACUUGGCAGCCAUAUGCUGCAGCUAUGGCUGCUGCAUAUGCGAAGGCGAUAUUAUGUGAGAUCCGCGCCGAAGGACUGGGAGACGCUUCCAUUCCAGCAAAACGCAAAUAUUCCUGCGAAGAAGAAACAGUCACUGGGUCAAAGCCGCGCAAGCGCACUCGUUCAGCCAAAGAAGGACCAACAUCAGAUUUAACAAUGAUCCAGACUAGUCGCACAGAAGCGACGCUAGAGCCCUGCAACAAAAACGGUCGCCGGAUACAAAGACUUUCUGCCGACCAAAAGAUGCUCUUGAUCGAAUCGCUCUACUUUGAUGAGAUCGAUGCUCGUCAGAGAAGCAUUCGUACAGCGCACAACAAGACAUGCAAAUGGCUGCUUGACGCCCCGGAAUGGCGUGAUUGGCUCAAUACGAAGAAGCUCGAAGACCAUCACGGCUUCUUGUGGAUCAAGGGGAAACCAGGUACAGGCAAGUCAACUCUGAUGGAGUUUGCGUCUUCGUACGCUUUCGAGAACAUGGAUGGCGAGAUGAGCAUUAUCGCGUUCUUCUUCAGCGCCAGGGGUGGAGAACUUGAGAAGACGACUAUCGGAUUAUACCGAUCACUCUUAUCGCAACUUCUCGCACAGCGCCCGGAACUCGAAUGCAUCCUUGAGCUACCUGGAAUACCUAGGGGCGAUGGUCCCCUUAGACCACAAUGGACCAUCGAAUCGCUGACGCUGCUGCUUCGCCAUGCUAUCAAGAAACUGGGAACAUUACCACUGAUAUGUUUCAUCGAUGCCUUGGAUGAGUGCGAUGAGACGCAGAUCCGGGAAAUGAUAUCGGUACUAGAGAGCUGCAGCAAGACUGCACGUUCCGCCGAGAGCCGGCUCCAUAUAUGCCUGGCGAGUAGGCACUAUCCACAUAUCACCAUCGAGAAAGGGCUUGAAAUAACACUGGAACGACAAGCCGGCCAUGUUCAGGAUAUCGCCCAAUAUCUGUGUGAUAAUUUGAGGAUACGACCUUUGAAACUUUCGGCCCCCAUUCGUUCUGAUAUCCAAGACAAGGCAUCGGGAGUAUUCAUCUGGGUAGUGCUCGUUGUGGGACUACUCAACAAGGAAUAUGAUAGAGGGCGCAUACACAGUCUCCGUCAAAGACUACAAGAGACUCCUCCUGACCUUAAUGCCCUAUUUUAUGACAUAGUCACACGGAAUAAUCAGGAUAUACGGGAAUUUCUUCUUUGCAUCCAAUGGGUGCUUUUUACUAGUCGACCACUGUCGCCACGGGAAUUGUACUUUGCCAUUAUUACAGGAACCGAGCCCAACGAACUCAAAGAUUGUCAUUUCACCUCUCUGGUUAUAUCCAAAGAAGUCAUCAGCAAUUUCAUCCUUGAUGUUUCCAAAGGUCUCGUCGAGAUUGUUCAUGAUGAUCAACCGAUUGUUCAGUUCAUUCAUGAAUCGGUCAGGGAGUUUCUUUUGAGAGAAGACGGAAUGGCCGCCAUUGCCACAGCAGACACAAGGAACAGGUUCGAAGGCACCAGUCAUCAUGCACUUACGCAAUGCUGCCUUCACUACAUCAAAACAUCAGUGGCAGGACGUCCUCAUGAUCCCGAGACUGGGGCUCACAAGCCAAUCCAAACACACCAUCACCUGAGUGAAAGCCUCAUAAAUACCUGGCCUUUCUUGAAGUACGCCACUGAGAACAUUUUGUACCAUGCAGGUGCAGCCCAAGCCUCUGGAGUCGACCAAAGCUCGUUUCUUCAAGGUUUCAGGCUGGAAGACUGGGUGUUGCAGAAUUACUUGCUCUUUGCUUCGAGGGGAAUCCACAAAGGAAAAGGGGACUGUCCCAAUGAGACUUAUUUGGAGAAAUUGUUUGACAACAACAGAGGAGCUUUCUCUCAACUCGCUACCCUCAACACACCGGGUCUUGAUGUCGGAGAAUGGCGGCUUUGGACCCCAAUCAUCGAAUCCAUAGCUUCUGGAGAUCAGGUGAAGUUCCAAUCACACCUGAAAGCCCGAGCGAAUACCUUGCGAUCAGAAAAGCUCCACACAGAUCCCCAAAGGCAAAAACAGACGGCUGAGAGGAAUUCCAUAGUUGACAUAGGUCGCCAGUCCUUAAGCUCAUGGGAAGCGAGCCUUGUUUUCUCUGCGGCAGAACAGGGUGAUGAUGAACUCCUUACUCUUGUCCUUGCGGGCAAGAAUAUCAAGAUGGACUUCCGUGAUGAGCAUGGGAGAACGCCCAUGAUGGUGGCUCAAGAUGUACGAGUGGUCGAGGUUCUCAUCGACAAUGGUGCCGAAAUCAAUUCAAAAAGUAGGAAUGGCUUGACGCCUCUGACACAAUUUGUGCUGAAACAAAACUACACCGUCGUUGAAUUGCUACUCAAGAGGGGUGCGGAAGUCAAUGGCAGAAACGAGCGCAACGAUACACCUUUAUUUUGGGUAGCCGGAAGCGGAAUGAAACAAGCAGCGUCUGUAUUACUUGACCACGGCGCUUCUGUCGAUAUGCGAGCCAGUGAUGGGCUUACGCCACUGGCCUGGGCAGCCAGAAGUGGAAACAUUGGAGUCGCGGCCUUGCUUCUGGAAAAGGGAGCAAGCGCGGAAUCUGCAGACAACGAGCUUCGAACGCCACUUAUGUGGGCUACGCAAAAUCAGCGCAUGGGUUGUGUUGCACUACUGUUGAAGAAAGGCGCAAAUCCAAAUUCGGCCGACGCCGAAGGAAGGACUCCCUUGUCUUGGGCAGCUGCCUAUAACUACUGUCACAUAUUGUAUCUUCUGCUUGAGAACGGGGCAUCUGUCGUACACCCCGAUCGCCAAGGCAAGACGCCGAGAGACUGGGCGAGGGAGGGAAAGCAGAUGGUCGCUGAAUACGUUUUGCGGAGCUGGGAAGAAGCGAGAAGUGUACAGGAUCGUGACAACCUAUUUCACUUUAUUCUGGAGAGAACGAUUCAAAGAAGGUCUACUACGGACACGAUCAUCAAUCAGAGACGUAAGAAAGGAGGCUCAAGGUGUGGGUACAAUUAAGCAGUGGAAUGGUGUUAAGGACUUUCACAGGGGAACAGCGUGACUGGUAGGCAAACAGUAAGUCUGCCAUACCAACAAUAGGCACGCUUCGGUUCAACUCAAUAUCAACUACCAAGAACCCUUGGUGGGUUGGUGGUCAAAUUAGUAAGCCAAAUGGCUGGAGUAUGGAAAUUAUUAGUACAUAAUGAGGCUAUCGUCAACCUUGCCUUCGCCGUCAUCCUGGCUAAGGUCCAUUAACCACGCUGUCACCCUUGCUAUCUACUCUGAUUCUGUGUCCUCGAGGAUGUCAUGUACUUGUUCCUCGCGGAUGGAUAUAAGUAUGGGGUUAAGCCGGCAUAUUAAGCCGAUGCGCUACUAG